UGGUAGAAUAAACUCCACGUCCUUGAGAACAUAUGUUAUGUCAGAGAUUCCUAGCUAGAUUAAACUAGAGUACAAAUUUCAUUCCGACGUUCGUUUGUUUGUCAACAUUUCAACCUGAAUUUCUAAGGUUUAGCGACUGACGAGACCCCUGUAGCCAUUUUGUGUAACUAAAAGCGUAAAUUCAAAAUGUCGCAACGCAGUCGCGUCGUAAAUUUAUAUAAAACUCUUCUACAUCUCGGCAAAGACUACCCGCAGGGUUUUGAAUUUUUUAGAACCCGUUUACAUAGAGUGUUUUUAAAAAACAAGGACGAAACAGACCCAGAAAAGAUUGAAAAAAUGAUUUCGCACGGUAAUUACAUUGUUAAAGAGUUAGAAGCUUUGUAUAUGCUUAAAAAAUACCGCACUUUAAAGCGAAGAUAUUACAAUGAACAGCAAUAAUCAUAACAGAGUUAAAAAUGUGUAAUUUUUUAAAAUAAAAACAAAUUUAAAGACAUUUAAAA